AUGCCUAACGAACUAACAUUGAUUAGAGCUGAUUGUUACAAGACAAUGCCACUGAUUGGUGGUACAUUGAAUAGAGUUGAUUCUAUUCCUUUUCAUUCGCAUGCUUCGUCUGUUACUGUGUUCAACGGAUUGAACUUCUCUAAAUGGCUCGAACAAGUCCAGUUCCACUUAGGUGUGAUGGAUCUUGACUUGGCUUUGCUGAAUGAUAAGCCCGCUGCCAUUACUGAUUCGAGCAGUGCGGAUGAGAAGUCUUUCCAUAAAGCAUGGGAAUGCUAUAACAUGCUAAGCCUUAUGUUUAUGCGAAUGAAUAUUGCCAACAAUAUUAAGAGUACUAUUCCACAAACAGAGAGUGCCAGGGAAUGCCUGAAGUUUGUGGAAGAACGUUUUCGUUCUGCAGAUAAGUCUCUCGCUGGUACACUAAUGGAUGAACUCAUGACCAUGAAGUUUGAUAGGUCGCGUAGUAUGCAAAACCAUAUCAUCGAGAUGACUAAUAUUGCAACAAGACUUUAG